GAUCAAACUAUUAUCCGUAAUAAUUCCUCGCUUGGUUACUGGUAGAUGUAUGCAUGGAGAUCGGGGAGUAAAGCGAAGACGGAAAAAGAGAGAUCAAUCCUCUUCGGGCAGCGCUGUAUCCUUUUCCUGAACCUCUAUCUGUAUCGUCUCUGUAUCAGAUCUGAUAUUUUGGCGGAGUUUGUGGCGGCCUGUUCCUUUUGUUUCUAUGUCAGGAUUUUGUUUUCAUUUCUUCGGAGCUAGGGUUUUUGCAGAUUUUCGAUUUGAGGCUUUAUGAUGGAAAAUGGAGCUGGGGUAGCUGAUGUGGCUCAUUCGGGAGAGAUGGUAAUGGGAAAUGAGGUUUUGGAGUCCGAGGUAGAGGAAAGGGCUGCGAUUGGGUCUGAAGAGUCUAAAGAUUCGGAAGGGGAAGAGGUUUUCGAGGAGGCAAUUCAGGUUGACACGCCAAGGACUUUUUCCGAUGCUAUUGCUUUUAGCCACGAUGUUCAUGUUCACAGGGUUAGCCGUUUUGGUGGUUCUCUAAAGGCUUAUGGGAACUUGGAUGCUGGGAAUGCUGAUGAGAAAUUUGAAGAGGCAGUUGGGGCUUCUAUUGUGGUUGGUCAUCAGGAGGAGGAGCUGCCAGUAGAUGACGAAAAAGUGGAAGGUUUGGAACCCGUUGACAAGCCAGUUGUGGGGGAGGUCAUCAAUGAGAAAAUUAUUGUGCAUAAAGUUCUGAGGGAAGAAAUAAAUGUUACAGAGAAUGAUGUAGCAUUGAGUACCGAAGAGGUUAAGGUGAGGACCGCAUCUAAUCUUACCGGUGCUGGAGAAAACAAAAUUGUUGCUCAUAAAGUUGUGAGGGAAGAAAUAAUUGUGACAGAGAGUGAUGCAUCAUUGAGUACUGAAGAGGGUAAGGUGAGCAAUGCAUCUGAUAUUUCUGAUGCUGGAGAAAAGGAAAUUGUUGCAGAUAAAGUUGUAAGGGAAGAAAUAAAUGUGAUGGAGACUGAUGCACCAUUUAGCACUGAACAGGUUAAGGUGAGCAACUCAUCUGAUCUUUCUGGUGCUGGAGAAAAUGAAAUUGUUACGGAUAAAGUUGUGAGGGAAGAAAUAAAUGUGAUAGAGAAUGAUGUACCAUUGAGUACCGAAGAGUUUAAGGUGAGCAAUGCAUCUGAUCUGAAUGGUUCUGGAGAAAAGGAAAUUGCAGAAGAUAGGCAUCUGUUAAAUCAGAAGUCUGGUAUACUGGUCGAGAAGCAUGAAAAUGGACCUUCAGAUAUUGUGAACUUGGAGAAUCCAUUGCUUCACGAAAACUUGGAUGACAGACAUGCAGUCGUGGCUGGAGUCCAGCCUAGCAAAGAAUCACUAUAUGGGAAUAGGCAAAUUGAGCAGAUAUGUGACCCUGAUAUCCAGCAGGAGGCUGAAUCCACUAGAGAGAUUUUGCAAGAAGCUGGAAAGAAUGAGGAAGUGGAAGGACCAUGGUGCUUAUCGGAUACUGGCCAUCAGGGUGACAAGAGAUGUGAAAGUGAAGUGAAGGGCAAUUUUGUCAACUUGGACACAGAGUUUAAAGAUGACCAAGGUACGGAAAUCAAAGAAGAAGCUGUAGCAAGUCAUGUUUUUCUUGCCCAGGGUGACAAGAGUGAAGACUUGAAGGGCACAUCUAAUACGGACUUGGACACCCAGGAUGAUAGGGUUCAGGAACUGAAAGAUAUUCCAGCUAAUGCAGAUUCUGACCACCGGGUAACAAAUUGGAAAACUGAGGAUAAGCUACCUGCUUUUGUGGAAGAAAGGACAGGACGUCUGGAGGUUGAAGAGUUGCCCAUUUCAGAAAAUUCUUUGCCAGAGAAUGCUGAUACGCAUGUUGAAACCUCCAGUGCUGUGGCCAAGGAGUCUGGAAAUGGAAGGGGGAAUAAUGAGGUCAAGGAAAGUACUCAAGGGGAAAGACAAGUGGAAAGCAAGCCUGCCAUAGAUGUUUCUGCAUCCUCUGGCAAAACUGUAAAUCUCACCCCUACUCCCACUCGUCCUGCUGGCCUUGGCCGGGCUGCCCCACUGUUGGAACCAGCUCCUCGAGUUGUGCAGCAGCCUCGGGUGAACGGAACAGCAUCUCAGAUGCAAAACCAACUCAUUGAAGAGCAGAUGAGUGGGGAUGCUGAGGACAACGAUGAGACUCGAGAAAAGCUCCAGAUGAUAAGGGUGAAAUUCUUGCGACUUGCUCACAGGCUUGGGCAGACUCCCCACAAUGUUGUAGUGGCUCAAGUCUUGUACAGGCUAGGCCUAGCUGAACAGUUGAGAGGCAGAAAUGGGGGACGCGUUGCUGCUUUCAGCUUUGACCGUGCAAGUGCACUGGCAGAGCAGCUAGAGGCAGCUGGGCAGGAACCUCUUGAUUUCUCUUGCACAAUCAUGGUUCUUGGUAAAACUGGAGUUGGUAAAAGUGCAACAAUCAACUCUAUAUUUGACGAGGUUAAAUUUGGCACUGAUGCUUUUCAGCUGGGUACAAAGAAGGUUCAAGAUGUGGUGGGAACUGUCCAGGGGAUCAAGGUACGUGUAAUUGACACUCCAGGCCUGCUUCCUUCUUGGUCAGACCAGCGUCACAAUGAGAAGAUCCUCCAGUCUGUUAAGCGGUUUAUUAAGAAAACACCCCCAGAUAUUGUCUUGUAUCUUGAUAGGUUGGACAUGCAGAGCAGGGAUUUUAGUGAAAUGCCACUGUUGCGUACAAUCACAGAGAUAUUUGGGCCAUCAAUUUGGUUUAACGCGAUUGUGGUUCUAACUCAUGCAGCUUCAGCUCCACCUGAGGGCCCAAAUGGCACUCCUACAAGUUAUGAUAUGUUUGUCACUCAACGGUCUCAUAUUGUCCAGCAAGCCAUUCGCCAGGCAGCGGGGGAUAUGCGGCUCAUGAACCCUGUUUCUUUGGUAGAGAACCACUCAGCAUGCAGAAUAAACAGGGCUGGUCAGAGAGUACUGCCUAAUGGUCAGGUUUGGAAGCCCCAUUUGCUAUUGCUUUCUUUUGCUUCAAAAAUUCUGGCUGAAGCAAAUGCUCUUCUAAAGUUACAAGACAGUCCACCUGGAAAGCCUUUUGCUACUCGAACAAGAGCACCUCCUUUACCUUUUCUUCUCUCAUCACUUCUGCAAUCAAGACCACAGCUGAAAUUGCCAGAAGAGCAGUUUGGUGAUGAUGACAUCCUAGAUGAUGAUCUGGACGAGUCAUCAGACUCAGAUGAUGAAUCAGAAUAUGAUGAGUUGCCACCAUUUAUAAGGUUGACAAAGGCGCAGCUGGGAAAGCUUAAUAAAGCCCAGAGGAAAGAAUAUUAUGCUGAACUUGAAUACAGGGAAAAACUUUUUAUGAAGAAACAGUUGAAGGAAGAGAAGAAGAAGCGGAAAAUGAUGAAGAAAAUGGCAGCUUUUCCUAAGGAUUUGCCAAAUGAUUACAUUGAUAAUGUGGAAGAAGAGAGUGGUGGUGCAGCAUCUGUUCCAGUUCCUAUGCCAGAUCUGGCCUUACCAGCUUCUUUUGAUUCUGACAAUCCAACUCAUCGGUAUCGCUAUCUUGAUUCUCCCAACCAGUGGGUUGUCAGACCUGUUCUGGAUACUCAUGGUUGGGAUCAUGACAUUGGUUAUGAAGGUGUAAAUGUUGAAAGAUUGUUUGUGGUUAAACAGGACAUCCCUUUGUCUUUCUCUGGCCAGGUUACAAAGGAUAAGAAGGAUGCUAAUCUUCAGAUGGAAGUAGCGAGUUCGAUAAAGCAUGGUGGUGGAAAAGCAACUUCUUUAGGGUUUGAUAUGCAGACUCUUGGAAAGGACAUUGCUUAUACCUUGCGCAGUGAGACAAGAUUUAGUAAUUAUAGGCAAAAUAAGGCAACAGCAGGCCUUUCAGUUACUCUCUUAGGUGAUGCCUUAACAGCAGGGUUGAAAGUUGAGGAUAAUUUAGUUGUCAAUAAAAGGUUCAGGAUGGUUGUGUCUGGAGGUGCCAUGACUGGCCGUGGUGAUGUUGCUUAUGGUGGCAGUUUGGAGGCCACCUUGAGAGAUAAAGAUCAUCCUCUUGGUCGUUCCUUAUCAACUUUGGGGCUUUCUAUAAUGGAUUGGCAUGGAGAUCUUGCUAUUGGAGGAAAUGUGCAGUCCCAGAUUCCUAUUGGACGAUUUACAAACUUGAUUGUUCGUGCCAAUUUAAAUAACAGGGGUUCUGGUCAAGUCAGUGUUCGCCUGAAUAGCUCAGAACAGCUCCAAUUAGCUUUAAUUGGCCUCAUUCCUCUACUCAAAAAGCUAUUUGUUUAUCCACAAGUACUGCAGUUUGGACAAUGACGAACAUUUGGUUACAAUCAAUGUUUUGCAGCAGCCAUGCAGAAAUAGGAAAUAACUUUCACAGUAGCAAUGCUUGUGUGUUCAGCUACAACCAGGAUGGAGCUUUACAUCUCCAGGCGAAGCUUAAAGGAGGUCUCGGUCAGAUUCUCAAGAGGACGGGAGGUUCAUUUUGGUGUUGUGUUUAGGAGUUGUAAACGCCUUAGCGGAUGGCAUUGUAAAAUUCAUAAUAACAGCGUAGGAAGGGAACAUCUUGUUUAAUGGCUUAUUGUGAAAGCAAAAUAACAUUUCUUUAUUGCAACCAGCAACCACCCCCCGGGGCAUUCUGCUUAUGUUCUGGGCAUUCUUCUGUUGGUUUAGGGUUAUCUAUAAAACUUGGCUGUUUAUGCGUAA